GUUCUCUCGCUGAUGGGAAUGGUUUCAGCAGACCGGAUCUUCGAAUCGUCAUCGUUGGACAGCUGUCAGAGUAAUUCCAGCUUCACCGCCAGCUUGUUCACCAUCGUCUUCGCUCCGGAUAACAGGACGUUGGCCCUGAACGUUAUUGGCGAUUCUUCCGUGACGGGAAAUGUCACCUUCAAGGUCCAUGCGAGUGUUUAUGGGUAUACGUUCCUCACGGAAACAUUGGAUCCUUGCACGUUGGGGCUGGCCAGCAUGUGUCCCAUGAGCUCCAUCCAAACCGACUUCGAUACAAUCUACACCAACGUUUCUGCGUCAGUUAUUGGAAGGAUACCAAACAUUGCAUACCAGAUUCCAGACUUGGAUGCAGUGGUUACUGUUUAUAUGUAUUCGGUUGACGAUCCGACCGUGAGUCUGGCUUGUUUGGAAGCUAGGAUCUCGAAUGGCAAAACGGUGGAUCAAGUAGGGGUACGAUGGGCCACGGCGGUCAUCUCCAUCGUGGGACUCAUUGUCUCGGGAAUCAUCUCCAGUCUCGGAUUUACGAAUACUGCUGCGCAUAUGAUGAUCUACACCCUAUCGCUGUUCAGCUACUUCCAAGCAGUUGCUAUAAUCGGUCUUUGUGCAGUUCCUCUACCUCCGAUCGUUCAAUCGUGGACGCAAGAUAUGAGUUGGUCUGUGGGAGUGAUUAAUGUUGGGUUUCUGCAGAGAUUCGCAAGAUGGUAUCAGAUCGCAACUGGUGGUACGCCUUCGACGAUUCUCACGACUCUAUCCACAAAGUCCGUCCAAGUCGCCAAGCGCAGCAUGGAAACAGCCCUGUCCCGGCGAGCUACAACCGAAACAACAGCGAGUGGGGACUACAUUGUCACGGGCAUAGCUAGACUUGCUUAUAUUGAAGGUAUGGAGGCAACGAACUUGUUCUUCACAGCAGCCAUCUUCUACUUCAUUUUCGUGGUCUUUGGCGUCAUUCUUGUGCUCCUCUACAAGGCGCUCUGCGAGCUGUUGAUCCGAUCGAAAAAGAUAGGAAGCGAAUCCCAUCUUUUCCAUUUCAUCCACAAUGGGUGGCGUAUCACUCUCAAGGGCACGAUUUUCCGAUUGAUCCUGAUUGGCUAUCCACCUAUGAUGAUUCUGUCUCUCUGGGAGUUUACGCAGGAUGAUUCUCCCGCUGAGAUCUUCUUGGCUGUUGUGUUCUUCUUUGGAAUGUCCACUGCUCUGGCAUAUGCCUCUUUCAAGGUCUUUAAAAUUGCCAAACGCUCUGAGCAGAUGUACAAGACAGCAGCGUACUCCUUGUACGCUGACGCCACCAUCUUGAACAAGUGGGGCUUUUUGUACACUCAGUACAAAGCAUCAGCAUACCUUUACAUCAUCCCAAUGUUCGUGUAUGCUCUGCUGAAGGCCGCAUUUGUUGGACUGGGACAAAAGAGUAGAGAAACACAAGCAAUUGCUCUCGUCAUGAUCGAAGCCUUUGCUCUCAUCGGAGCUUCCGUGGUUCGCCCAUGGAUGGAUAAAACAACAAACGCCAUCAACAUUUCCAUCUGCGUCAUCAACUUUCUCAAUGCCAUCAUGCUCCUAAUCUUCACCAACGUCUUCGACGGCCCCGGCCUCCUUAUCGGCGUCCUCGGCGUCGUAUUCUUCAUCGCCAACGUGGUCUUCGCCCUCGCCCUCCUCGUAAUCGUCCUCUUCGUCAUUGCACUAUCCUUCAUCCGCAAAGACCCAGACACCCAAUACCUACCAGUAGCCGACAACCGCGCCUCGUUCAUCAAGUCCCAAACCACACUAAACCAAGAACUCGACGCCCUCGGCGCCACUGCCCGCGGU